GCAGCAGCAGCAAUCGCAGCGCCACUUUUACAACUGGGAGCUGUCGCACAGCUUGGGUGCCCCGCAGCACCAGAUGCCGCCGUAUUUGAUGCAGUCCACCGGCAGAAAGGCGGCCCAAAACGACUACGGACGCUUGCUGUUCUAGGCUUCAUCUAUGGUGACAGCUUGAGGAUCCAUUUACGCCAACUAAUUAGCCAGAACUACUGAUGAAGGACAAGGAAAGGAUUUUCCGAUAUAUGUAUUUCAAGAAAACAAAGCUUUUCAUACUUUUGAGAUAGGGUGAAAACAGAGCAAACUCAUCUGGCAAAUUAGUUGGCGAAAAUGGCUCUCAAAUUCGCUUUUAAUAUCAUUUCCGUAUACUCCAUUUGAAUUGCCAUAAUUUAUUGUAUAUACAAAAGAGCAGGAAGGAUUAUAUAUAUAUAUUUUUAAUAUACUUUUUAAAUUGUAACCUAUGUUUAGUGCUCUCGCUUAAUUAUAGUUUUGUAAAAACGGGCUAUUUGUUUUUAUUUGUAACUGAAACACACUUUUUUAUCAAAAUCAAAAUAUUAUACAAUGAUUGUUUUAGUUUUUAGUUCCUUAGGGUUUUUUGCUACUUUACACUUGCUUAUUUACAAUUCGAAAUUGGAGAACAGUAUUAAAACGGCCAAGGCAAAGGCGAAACGAGAACUAAAUAUAUAUAUUUAAAUGCGAUUUUCUCUGCGCGAUUCCAAUUUGUUAAUCAAUGUCACGCGCUCAAAAAACUCACACGAAAAGUUCAAACAAACGGCAACCUGAUGCGCAAAGGAAUAAAGAAAAAAACAGAAAUUGACACAUGCAACUGGGAAGAAGAAAUAGUUGGCGACUCAGCUGUCAAACGAGAUUCUUCUCCGAACCUGAAAAAGAAUUACAAAUUGUUUUCGACUCCUCCCGCAAAAGAAUCCGCGGCAAUGCUCGAAUUUUGUGCGUUCGCCAGGCUCACCAAUUGUUACUUAAAGCAGCUUUAAUUUUGAAAAAUAUUUACCUCUUUUAGUUGCCUUUUAAAAAGGAUGUUUUUGUCUCUUCUUAGGGCUCAUGAAGAUUCAAAAUAUUCCUUUUGUCGCGAACUCGAAACAUAUGAUUUCCCAAAAAGCUUUUGUUAAACCGCAGAAAUAAAGAGGAAAACCCAAUUAAAAUUAGAGAGUCAAUGGACAAGCGAAGACCGCAGCAUUGCGCGUUUGGAAAUCUUUUGCAACUAAAUAAUUCUAGAACGCGAAGCAAUUUGUAAUUUUGAACCAAAAUGCUAAACACUUUGGCGGUUUAUAAAAUUGGCCAAAGAAGAGGCAUUUGAGCAAAGGGGUAAAAACAAAAACAAAAAACAAUUUAAGUGUUUUCAAAAAAUCAACAAACUCAUAUAUGCAGCUAUAUAUAUAUAAAAAUAAUAAAAAACAUUAAUUUAUUUCUUACUAUAUAAUUAUUGUUGUACUAAGUCAGUGAGAAAAAAACCAUGAAAGAAAAAUUCACACGAAAACUAAAACAAAAUGCAUAUUUAUUAAAAAUAAGCAAAGGUUGUGCAAAAAAACACAUUAAAAAGCAACAUUAUUAUUGUAAAAAUUAACUAAAUACGGCAAUUGUUAUUAAAUGUGCAAAAUUCAGCAAAACACAUUGAUACAAACCUCAGCAAAAAAUACAAGGCAAGAUCUGAAAAAACGGACGUCUAUGGAAUGACAAAUUUUGAACACACAAAUAAAGAACGAUGAACCGCGAACCGAUCGAACGGACAAACAAAACACUCAACAACAAGAAGUACAAAAUGUUAAAUAUGUAUUCAUAAUUUACACUUACGUUUAAUAUUAUUUAAUUCAAACGCUUACUCAACGGAAAAUAGCUAACUAUUAUUACAAUCGUCCUCACACACACACAAUAAAACUAGCUCAACGGCGGAAUUAUUACUUUAGCUAAAAUAAAAUUCACCUUUUGCAAUUUUCCAUUUUCCUUUCCUCUAUUAUUUCACACCGAAAUAAACAGAAAUGGUUACAAAUAGCCGCAUAUACUCAUAUUAAAUUGAAAAGAAAUGUGUCAUUACAGAAAUGGAAAAAAUGAAAAUAGUAAUAUAAAUGAUAUAUUUAUUCAUAUAAAUGUAUUUGAAAAUGUGAACAAAAAAGAAUACCAACAAUAAAACACAAUUUAAUAAACAAUGUGAAAGGUACGAGUGAUUUUUUUUAAUAUGUGAACGAACUUUAGUAGGCUUUCAGUAUAAAAUACGAGUAAUACAUAGAAAACACUAACGAAAUGGACGAGCUAAUGAGGCAAAAAUGGCCUGCAGAUCAGAAGAAUGAGAAGCAGGAGGUAACCUGCUGUGUGUCGUUUACCAAUCCAAAGUUCAAUCGCGAGAAACCUUCCUCUGGCGAUGAGUUGAACUCGGUGACGCGUUUGGUUUCCAAAACCGAAGAUCUCGAACUAGAUCGAGUCUUCAAUGGAUUUUCAAAGGAUGGUUCUUAUUCCAACAAAUCCCUUAAUCGUUCGCUUUUCGAAUUCGGUCAUAACUUCGAGGAUGUUGAGGGCUGGCUAAAAAUGGAUCAGCCUCCGAAGGAUCAACUGGCAUCGGUGCUGCGCUAUAUGUUUGAGGCUCAUCUGAAGACCACUGUGCAGAUAGAUAUUAACAAAAUGUACUUCAACUGUCACUUUAUCGUACUGCAGGUAUACUCCCGAUUCUUCAGUGAGCUAAAACAGAUUCCUCUUCUGGUAACUCUACCCAAAGAUUUGGUAUCGCAAAGGUCCUUUAUGCUCAUCUACAAAUGGAUGCUGAGUGAUAAUCCCGUUUUGGAUCGUCGCUAUAUUGUAGAGGUUUUUGUGGCAGCGACUUAUCUGAGGAUCGACGAUCUGCAGGCUCAUUGCUGGAAAUAUUUUGAUGAUUCUCAAUGCUACGAUGAGGAUACCGCUUGUGUCCUUUAUGUAGAAACGAAAUACCAUCCCGCCUUGGAUUUGGUGCGUAAUGUAAUGCUGACCAGGAUCAACAAGUUCUUGUUAACUUUUGUGGCCUCCAAGGACUUUCUGGAUCUUCCCCUCAAUCAUUUGAUUUUCUUGCUCAGUUCCGAUAAGAUCUGUGUAAAUACGGAAAUUGAGGUGGGAAAACUCUUUUUUUUAAAGGGUUUAUUUUCGAUAACCCUCUUUUAUAGAUACUUUUUAUAGUAGUUCGAUGGCUGGGUCACGAUUGGUCGAAAAGAAGUGCGCAUGCGCAGCGCCUUGCGUCCUGUAUUCGCUUCUCCCUGAUGCCGCUGUGGUAUCUUCUC